AUGGUUUGGAAGAUCCUGUGGAGAGCUCUCUGCAGGCUGGAAUGGUCUGUAACGACUGGCUGCUGCUGGUGCGCCUUUGCUCUUGCUUCUCCGAUUGUUGCGCGUCUUGCCUUCAAGCUGUUCUCCGUGAGACUUACGGGAAAUCGGAGGGUGACAGAUUGUCAAGAGGUUGUGUCAGCAGUUUUGGCAUUCAGCUGGGAUUCGCAUGUGGUCACCCACCAUACUACUAACCAGCCGGCGUGUGGCUUAAGUACGGCUGAGCGGACGGGAAGCCCUGUUUUCCACACCCUAUGGUCGUAUGUGCCUGGUUUAUCAGGACUUAAAAACAUAAGCCUUGGAAUCGGUUUCAAAGCUAGUAACCCGACCUGGAAAGCCGACGCGCUCAAUCUGGUCCCAGCAACGGCACAAAAAGAACAAAACAGAAACCCUAACGUCAAGCUGGGAACAGGCAAUACUCAAAGACCCUCACAUGUUCAGCACAAGGGAUAUCGUCUUCUCCAGCGUCGUUCCGGCAUUUGCGAGGAACACGAGCUGACUGCAAGGAACAGGAAAAAGCAGGAGUAUACCGGGUGUGGUUGCAUAGGGUGCAUGAGCAUUCAUCACGCCCUCAACUUCGCUCUAAAGAGGCGCUACUCCUCCGGGGGAAUCCGACACUGGACGAUGUUAACGAGACGCGAUGGAGAAGGCAGCGUGCGAGAGGCCUUUCUUGCCGGCUGA